AUCCAUACUGUAUUCACAACAGAGUGCGGCCCAUAUUUCACAUGGCAGUCACUCGGUAAGCAUAGUUCCUACACUUACAGUUUGUCAGGCCAAAAAGGCAAUGUCACACGUCUUAUGAGUUGUGAUGGAGGGAGCUUGAAGGACUGGCAAGAUGAUGGGGUCAUGCCCACGCAUAUUGCUCCUUCUUGGACAAAGCACCCUCGGACCGGUGACAUCGGAAUUAAUAAGCCGGUGGCUGUGCAAGACUGGAUGUCAAAAACCAACCCCCAGGAAGAUUACAUCCUCAUCCUGGAUGCAGACAUGAUAAUGCUGAAGCCAUUUGAUCCUGUCAAGAUGGGCGUCGCCCCAGGAUGGGCUGUUUCUGCAUUCUAUGGAUACCUCCAAGGUGUCAGCAACGAUCUUGCCUUGAAACAUGUUCCUCAUGUUCUUCCUCGAAACGACACUCUGGCCGGCCCUCUCGGAAGGCGUGGUGAUCAGGUUGGAGGCUUCACAAUGAUGAGGACGGAGGACCUCAGGAAGGUCCUGCCACUGUGGAUAAAAUACACAGAGGAUGUCAGAGCAGACCCUGAG